GUCUUAUUGAAGCAUGAGGUUUAGCAGCAUGCUUAUCCCCAUCAUCUCUACCUUUCUAUUAACAAUUGGCCGCUUACUUCCCAUCAAUGUGGACCGUUUCCCUAUUUUUCGUCAACGAACAGUAAUAGACGACCAACCAGACGGCUCAUGCCCGACAAACCCUCCUUUAUCAACAACUGAACGGACCGUCUUCGGCAUUUGGGGAUGCGUUAUCUACGGCUACCCCUCAACUGGCGGGGUUCUUAGAAAAGACGCUGACCUUGUUGAUAUGCUUUUCCUAUCACUCCCCGCUCUCACGGAGGAUUGGGUUGAGGUGCAGCUUGACGGGAGGGAGAUGACUGAGGAAGAAGCAAAGGUGGUGGAGUUUGGUUGGCCAACGGAUGGAGUGGGCGUAUGGGUGUUGAGGUUUGCAAGUGCUGAACAACUACCAAGGGAUUUUGGGAGAAUGCGUUUAGCAAUGAAUAUGGAGGAGAAGAUACAGAUCAUGAGAGAGUAUGGCGCUACGUUUGUGGAAGAUGUCACGCAGGUGGAGGAACUUCAUGAUACGUUUUGA